AUGACAACUAUAUCCACACAAGGUGAAUCCGAACAGUCUGAACACCAUGUCGAGACAAUUCCAAGUUCUCCAAUGGAUGAUGACCAUGGUGAAACUGCCGAGGCAAACAUUACAGGUGAUUGUGAUAAUGUCGAAGGUGAAAUUUCUAUAGUUUCAGGGAAGAAAAGAUCCAUAGUGUGGAACCACUUUGAAAAGAAAAAGAUAAAAGGGGAAGACAAAGCAGUUUGCAAAUAUUGUCAUAAACCAUUAGGAGGAAAAAGCACAAAUGGGACUAAGCAUCUACACGCACACAUGAAAAGAUGUCCUCGACGUAAACAGCAAGACAUAAGACAAUCAAUAAUCACUCCGAGUAAAAAAAGUGACGGAAGAAGUCAGCUUAACACGUACAGUUUUGAUCAAUCGUUCGCUAGGAAGGAACUUGCUUAUAUGAUAAUCAUACACGAGUAUCCGCUUUCCAUCGUUGAACAUGCAUGA